UUAAUCAAAACAAUUAUUACUAAUCAAUAAAGCACCUUGCCACUUUGCAUUAAGACAACAGUGCACGUCCUGCGUGCAGCCAAGUCCCGCUUGCUUUUUUGCCACGCAACACACGUGUUGAUUUAUUUACUUUCAAGGAGACCUUCCUCCCCCUGAAAACAAUUAACAACAACACAUAUAUUGUUAAUUGUUAAACUAUAAAUCUGGUUCGAUUCAUCUUUCAAAAGUUUGCUGGCAAAUUGAAGGGUUUUCAAUGUAUGAAUCAAGUCCUCAUUAAGGCUGGAUUUUCCAUUUAUAUAUUCCUGAUUUUAUGUGAGCUACACAAUGUUUAUAUCCACAUCACUCUGUUGGAAUCUAAUGAAAAUGAUGCACACAUCCCAGGAAAGUUUUACUUUGUUCAAAAGCCGGAAGGUUUAUUUGUAGAAUGGAAAGCUGAAGAAGUGCCUUCUUCUGACGAACACGAUUGGGCUGUGGUUGGUAAUGCUGUUGGUUACAAAUUAGACAGGCAGUCUGAAUCAGUGACUAUAAAUUCCAAAACUGAGACACGGAAGAAGUACAAUAUAAGUUUUGAUAUCCUCGAUUUGAAAAGUCUCAAAACGAAUUCAGUUCAUCACGGCUGGAAAUACUUCAUCUUCAUCCUCAAAGACGGUACCACAUAUCCAGCACUGCAUUUUCAUUCUGGUGGAUCAGCGGAAUUCUUCUCCCUCCUCAGCCAACAUGUCUGCAUUCAGAUGUCACCAAAUGACAACCGCCUGUGGAUAGUGGAAGAUCAUGAUCCUGGUAUGCUUUCUGAAUCAUUUGAUAAACUGAACUUGUUUACCGAUUCUUCAGAACAUUUAGUAUCGGUUUAUAAAGCUUUCUAUGGUCCUUACCCUGUGAAGAAACCUUGUAAAUUUAUCCAUGAUCCGUACACGACUACUUUGGGAGGUUUUUCAAAAGUCACGAGUUUCUUCCGAGAUGCUCUCCUACAACCGUCUCACAUGAAUUCUCGUCCACUUGAUGAAAUGGCUGUCAUGUUUAACGAAGACUUACCUGGCAUGGAGAUUAACCAACAAGACGAACCAGGUUUUGAAGUUAUCACAAAGAAACCAGUACACUCAGUCAGGUUUAGACAGAACAAUCAACCCAAGUUUAAAAGGACCAAACUACCGCCACCGCCUGAAACCAGCAGAGGAGAACCACUCCAGGCUCACCAGUGGACUAAUUUCCUGGAUGCGGAUGGCAAGGUUACUAAUAUUGAGGAAGUGAAGAAAAUUAUAUUUCGAGGUGGUAUUGAACCUGCAAUGCGUGUUGAAGUUUGGAAGUUUCUCUUAGAUUAUUACAAAUGGGACUCAACAAAGAAGAGUCGAGAGGAGGAACGGAAGAGAAAAGUUGAUGAUUAUUUUAAAAUGAAACUUCAGUGGAAAACCAUAAGUGCAGAUCAAGAAAGCCGGUUUACUAAACUAAAAGACAGCAAGACACUUAUAGAAAAAGAUGUGUCCCGAACCGAUCGCACUCACAAAUUCUUCGAAGGAGACGGAAAUCAUAACUUACAAGUUCUAAACGACAUUCUCAGAACAUACUGCAUGUAUAACUUUGAUCUUAGUUAUGUUCAAGGAAUGAGCGACUUGCUCUCUCCUAUAUUAGUAAUAAUGGAAAAUGAGGUUGAUGCCUUUUGGUGCUUCGCUGGUUUUAUGGAAACUGUUUGUAGUAACUUCGAAAUGGAUCAACAAGGUAUGAAAACGCAGCUGGCACAAAUGCACACCUUGAUGCAGUUUGUGGACCCUGAAUUGUGCAGUUAUCUUGAGAGCCAUGAUUCAGGGAAUUUCUAUUUUUGUUUCCGUUGGUUAUUGAUUGUCUUCAAACGAGAAUUUAGUUUCCCAGAUAUACAGAGAUUAUGGGAGGUAUUAUGGACCGGGUUACCUUGUCAGAACUACCAUUUGCUCAUUUGUUUGGCAAUCUUAGACAAUGAGAAAGCUACGUUAAUGGAGAAUCGUUUUGGUUUUACUGAAAUCUUGAAACACAUCAAUGACAUGUCUUUUACCAUCAACGUGGACCAAAUUCUGAACAAAGCUGAAAGCAUUUGUCUUCAGCUGAAGAAAUGCAGGAAGCUACCUCAAGCAAUUAAGGAGAUCUUAGAACUCGGUGCGUCCUCCUCGCCAUCUGCUUCAAGUAACAGUUCUGGCAGCACCACACCAGCCACUGGGAACUCUCAGUGCCAGUAUCCAAAUUCUAACAAGGAUUAUUGCUCUGGGACAGUCACAGACCACUUCACCAACGGAUAGCACAACCAAAGGUUUUUAAACUAGAUUUUAAAAAAUAUUAAAAAAA